AUGUCAAACCUGUGGGCUCCUGGACGCGUGCCUGUGGAGGCGAUCUCCACGCGUAUGGCCCUUCGGCAGCUCCUGCUAGGCCGUGGCUGGUUCAACGAGACGCGCCCACCAACCUGUACAUCCUUGACUCCAAGCAUGCGUGGUGUCACCAAGAAGCAUCACAAAGCAGGUUUCCUCGCUGUGGCGCGCCGCGUUUUGGAGCUACGGGGCCUCCCUCCUGCUGGAGAAGCGGAGGCAGAGGAAGCUUGGCGGAUUGGCCAAGCCUGGGUGCCGGUAUACCGAAGGUUGGAGCUGCUUACGCCUUUGGUGGGCGACGCGGCAGAACUGGCGGUGAAUGCAGACCGGGCAACGGCGCUAGAGGAAGCUGGAAUGCAGUCAGAGCUCGGCCUCAUGUUCUCUCAGGAGUGCAGCCCACGAAAUUUGGCCAUCCAAGCUGGCGCGCUUGUGGGU